AUGCAUCCCAGGUUGGAGCAGUGCUGGGAGCUCACUAAUGCUGGGAAGACUAUUCACGACUUGGACACCGUGUACCGCAUGACCCAGCAGUCUUUCAAGGACAGCAAAGCGGAACAAGCUAAGCCCGGUUACAAACCCCCUACUAAACCGAACUUCCAUCCCGCCAGGACCAGUCCUCGCAGACCCAAGCCCCCCAUCCACCCCGAAGACUUGAGGCGUGCACUGCAAAAGGACAAGGCCGCUGAGGACGCAAUCCGCAACGCCCCAAGACGGUUGGGCCCGCCACAAGCCCCCUUUAUCAACACCUGGAGAAGCAGUGCUCAAGGAGGGCAACAACCACUGGGCCCCCAUCGCCCCACCCAACCUCAGUCCACCGCCAUCACGGAGGCCCGCCUGCUCGGCAACCGUACCAGAGUAUGGCUGAAGCUAGGGCUCGUCUGCUUAGCAUCAAUCAGCCGGGGAACCAACAACGAGUCAAUCAGCCAGGGAACCAGCAGCGAAACAAUCCUCCAGCCGACCCCAGCAAGCGGAGAAGCUACCCUGCCGGCGGCCGCCCUACGCACAACCAUCACCUCCGUAAGGGAAGCGGCCGACCGUGGGAAAAGCCAGGCCAGAGAACUUCCCACCGGGAACCGGCCGGCCAACCACAACGGAACAACCACACCCGCCAAUGUGAGGGCCGGAGAGUCAAGGACAGAUGCUCAACAGCCCAGGGAAUCAUCCGGCCAGGCACAGGCCCAGAACUCAACCGGAGGCUCAAACCCAACUGAGCAUCGGGCUAAUCGUGUGUCGACUCCGAGGCCCAACUCCCCGGUCAUCAAGAGGGAGCGCAGCGUCAGCCGGACGCCGUUUGUGAGAUCAAGAUUCCAGCCAGUGCCAGUAUCCGGCCCAACGAUCCCGGCACCAAACCUCACUGGCCAGAUGAUUACCCUGCCGGAAGCCCCAGGGGCCCCGAGAGCCUCGGUAGUGCAUGCUCAGACGUCGUCGCAAGCAGGGUCACACCACGCACCUCAGUCAAUUUCUCAUGCCGUCGCUCUACGGCCAGCUUCCAAUGCUCUCGCUUUGCGGCCUGAUCUUCAGGGCCACGGAGCCCAGGUCACUGGCCCAGAGGUAGCAGACAGGGUGUACGCCAUUUGCCUCAAUCUGACGGACGAGAUGAGGGGUGAGAACCGGGAACUGCAGCGGCAAUAUGGCCGAAUCAUGGAAAAGCUGGACAACCAGUCGGAAAUGCUCGUGAACCAGCAAGCCUGGAUGGACUCGCGUCCUACCGUGAUGGACAGCAUCGAGAGGCACCGUCAUCAGAGCCCUGUCAGCCUUGGACUAGAUUACGUUCAUGAUGUGGCCGGCAACCACAGCGAUGACGGUAGCUCGGUGCUGCCCUCUACGGAAUCUGAUGAGCUGCCAGGUGGCUCGUGGCGGAAACGGAAGCGCAAAGCUGCGGAGAGGGGAGAGUUGUCAUCUGAGUAUGGAGGUCCCGGGAAAAAGAAGCGUCAGAGUCGGGAAGAGGAGAGCGAUGACGACAUGGCAAGCAAGAAUAAGAAGAAGAAGAAGUGGAGGAAGUGGAAGGCAAAGAAGGCAAAGGCGAAAGAGAAGAGGAAGGAGAGACAGGAGAAGGAGGCUGAAAUCGAGGAAGAGCAAGGAAAGGAGGAAAAGGAGAAGGCCAAAAAGACGAAGCAAAAGGAGAAGCAGGCCAAAAUAGAGAAGGAGAAGGGGAAGGAGGAGGAAAAGGUAAAGGGCAGGAAGACGAUGAAGAAAAAAAAGGAGAAGCGGGCUAAAAUAGAGAAGGAAAAGGAGGAGGUGGUAGUGGUGGAGGAGGAAGAAGAACAGGAGGAAGAAGAGGCGGAAGAAGAGGGGGGAGAAGAGGAGGGAGAAGAGGAGGAGGCGGAGGAAGGGGAGAAAGAAAAGGAGAAAGAAAAGGAGAAGGAGAAGGAUAGGGUCAACGGGAGGAAGGUAAAAGAGACGCCCGUAGAGAACCCGUACAUGGAGCGAAUCAUGUGGGAGAAGCUUCGUCACCAGCUUAUCGGCGCGCUCAAUGUAGCGAUGAAAUUUAGAUGA